CGCGGCUAAGAUUAAAAGGGGGCGACAACUGACUAAAUAUAUAUAUAUAUAUAUAUGUGUGUGUGUAGUGAAAAUGUCGGUGGUGGGAUUUGACAUCGGAAUAAUGAACUGUUACAUCGCUGUGGCCAAGAUGGGAGGAAUCGAGUGCAUUGACAACGAGUACGGUGACCGGUGUACCCCGGCAAUAGUGUCUUUUGGGUCGAAAAACAGAUGUAUUGGGAUUGCUGCCAAACAUCAGAGUGUCAUGAAUGCAAAGAACACUAUAUCAGAUUUCAAAAGAUUCCAUGGUCAAAUAUUGAUUGAUUCCAUUGAUCAAACAAAGUUUAAGCGAACUUUUGACCUUGUUCUCGUAGAAAAUAAAAUUGGAAUGAAGGUAAUGUACUUGGAUAAUGAGCAACAUUUCAGUAUAGAACAGAUCACAGCCAUGCUGCUUUCCAAACUGAAGUCUACAGCUGAAAUUGAUCUGAAAAGGCCUGUGUCAGAUUGUGUGAUUUCUGUACCUUAUUUCUUCACAAAUGCAGAACGGAACUCGAUGCUGGCUGCUGCUCGUAUUGCGGGCUUGAAUUGCUUACGAUUGAUGAAUGAUACUACUGCAGCUGCUUUAACUUAUGGAAUCUACAAAGAUUUUCCAGCUGCUGAUGAAAAGGCCACAAUCGUAGCAUUUGUAGACAUGGGUCAUUCAGCUUUUCAAGUUUCUAUCUGUGCUUUCAACAAGGGGAAAUUUAAGGUUCUAGCAACAGCCUUCGAUCCUUAUUUGGGAGGCAGGAACUUCGAUGAAAUAUUAGUGGAAUAUUUUUGUUCAGAAUUCAAAACCAAAUACAAACUGGAUGUAAAGUCUAAUAUUCGAGCUUUCCUGCGACUCAAUGAAGAAUGUGAGAAACUAAAGAAACUAAUAAGCACCAACUCCAUUGAUAUCCCACUCAACAUUGAAUGCUUAAUGAAUGAUUUAGAUGUAACUGGAAAAAUGAACAGGGCUCAGUUUGAAGAGCUAUGUGCAGAGCUGUUAAAGAGGAUAGAAAUUCCAGUUAAAUCAGUUAUGGAACAAAUAAACUUCAAACCUGAAGAUAUUAGUGCAGUAGAGAUAAUUGGUGGUGCCAUACGUAUUCAGGCAGUGAAAGAAAAGAUAAUACAAUUAUUUGGCAAAAAUAUCAGCACCACUCUCAAUGCAGAUGAAGCUAUCGCAAAAGGCUGUGCUUUGCAGGAUCCAGGAAAUUUUUUCCCAAAAUGAUCCAGUUCCUGCUUCAAGGAUUCUCACUUUUGUUAGAAAAGGACCAUU